AUGAGCUCUUCUAGCGCCCUGCAGCCGCCUUCGAGCAGCUUGCCACCCCUGUUCACCUUGACUAAGCUCUCCGAGACAAAUGUCUUUAACGCCCUGCACCAGUUGGCUGCCAUCUAUUGUCCCUUGUCGUUUCCCUUUUCUCAGGAACUCAGCUCACAGGCAAAGCACGACGUCACUCAACUCGACGUGGAUUCCGGUUACACAUCUGGCAACGAAGACGAAGACGCAAAUGACUCCAAGCAGACUAUCACCACUCUCCGCGCGGAUGCAUUUGAGAGAUCGUUCGUGGAGCGCUGGUUAACGGGCUUCAUCUCGCGUGCCGAGACCCUUUCCAUCUUCACUUCUGAAGAAUCAAGCCAACGGGCUGUCGACCAGGCCGCGUAUAUCUUUGAGUCUCUAUUCACGCCGGCCGUGGACGAAGAUGAACAAGACACAUCAUUUACGAGAAACUUUUCUUUCGAUACACAUAUCCCAGGACAGGCCAAGGGAAAAAUCAAAGUGCGACUGAACGACGAACUUGCGGGCACGACUGAUACGGACUACCAAGACGUCGGACUGCAGAGCUGGGGAGCGUCUAUAGUUUUCUCCGAAAUCAUGUGCACCUCACCAGCACGGUUUGGGCUUCAAGAUAUUCCUUCGACGUCAGAUACACGCAUUAUCGAGCUUGGGGCUGGUACAGGACUUGUGAGCCUUGCCCUCGGAAAGCUGCUCCCAUCCCUGGGCGUGAGAGACUCAAAGAUAAUCGCCACCGACUAUCACCCUGCCGUCCUUGACAACCUGCAAUCAAAUAUUGCACUCAACUACCCCAAAGAUGGUCCUUCCUCGAUCAGCACCUUCCCUCUCGACUGGGCCAGUCCUUCACAUGAACAUCCAUUCGAUGUGCCAGCCACGAUGCUCUUGGCAACCGACGUAGUUUAUGCCCCCGAGCACGCACGCUUGCUGUGUCACUGCGCAACCCAACUCCUCUCGGAUGACGGAACAUUCUGGAUGCUAAUCACGAUCCGCUCCGAGGGCAAGUUUGCCGGCAUCUUAAACACAGUUGAGGCCGCCUUUACGGCAUCAGACCGACCUCGAGGCAAGUCAGGGCGUAGACUUGAGAUUCUGGAGCGCGAGAGGUUGGAUAAACGUAGCGGCGUAGGGCGUGGAGAUGAAAGCGGAUAUGAACUGUUUAGAAUUGGGUGGUCAUAG